UCCCUCCCUUUGUACAGCCGUUGGACGCAGAAGUAGAUUUAUUCUUGUCAUCAGGCUAUUUUAUCCCAUCCCACAAGCACUUCACCGGUAAAUUAGAGACGCCCACUGAUUUACGCAAGUUGCCAAAAGACCAUAUUUUUACGCAAAAUUGGAUACUCUAAACUUGGUCAAACACUACGUAAACCCCGUUGGGAUUUGUAACCCGCGCAAUUAGUGAAGUGUGCGACUGGGAGGAGCAACUGUCGCAUACAAGCGACCACUCUAUUCACACUACUCGAUGUCAGCAAAGCUGAGUGCCGUGGAGGACGACCCAAGGAUGUAGUAGAGCCCCGCCUGGGAUGGCUGAAGUGCUCACUUCCCAAAAUCAACUAUUUCUAUUCUAUAGAAAAAUAUGGAUAUAAUCAAAUUUAAGAAUUAUUGGUAUUUGGACGUUCCAUCCCCGACGGAGCUCUCAUGACGUCAGACGCGUCAAUUCUGGGGUGGGCCAUAGUCAGCGAUAAUUGACGCCGCCAUUUUUGACGAAGACUGACACAUAGUUUACUUUUAUCAAGUAUGCAAGAACCUUCUCCUGGAGGGGGGAAAAUUAUAACUGGAAUUCCAACAACUAUCCAAGAUUACCACGAUUCUAACAUCUCAAUGAUUGGUCAGUGCAUGGAUGUUUCUGAAGCCGCUCUUGCAAGUGGUGGCCAAGGAAUGGUUGUUCCUAAUCAGAAUGUGCCCACAGAUCCCCAGACACAAGCUCAGUUUGAAGCUGAUAAACGAGCUGUUUAUAAGCAUCCUCUAUUCCCUCUAUUAGCCUUAUUAUUUGAAAAGUGUGAAUUAGCAACACAAAGUGCUGAAGUUUCAUCUUCAGAAAGUUUCAACAUGGACAUUCAAGCAUUUGUUCAGCAUCAAGAGCGUGAUAGAAAACCAUUUUUUAGCGAUGAUCCUGAUGUAGAUAGCUUGAUGGUUAAAGCUAUACAAGUUUUAAGAAUUCAUCUUCUUGAGUUAGAAAAAGUUCAAGAACUUUGUAAAGACUUUUGCAAUCGUUAUAUUGCUUGUUUGAAAAACAAAAUGCAAAGUGAGAAUUUACUGAGGCCAGAUUAUCCUGGUCUUGGAAACAACAUGCCAAGUUCUGGGUCAAGUACACCUUCCAGUGGUGGAAGUAGCUCUCAGCCAUUACCAGUUCCUGGUAGCAAUGGUACUAUCAAUAACUAUGUCUUACAACCAGGUCUUUCUCCCAAUCCCAUGCCUGUAAAUAAUAUUAAUCAGAACCAAAUUGUAUCUGGGGGAAAUUUGUAUCAAAUGGUGCAGACACCACAAGGUCUAAUGGCUCAGCCCAUACAGGUCAGCCCCAAUUCCAGUGCUCAUAUAGUUCAUGGGAGCACACCAUUAUCACAGAUAGGUGCCUCACCAAUGGCUCAAGAUACAAGGAUACAGACCAUAGGUAGCUCACCUCCCAGACCUUUAAUACAUAGUGGGGAUGAUGAUGAUGAUGACCUUAUAAGCAAAAAGAAACAGAAAAGAGGCGUUCUUCCUAAACAUGCCACCAGUAUUAUGAGGUCAUGGCUAUUUCAGCACAUUGUUCAUCCGUAUCCCACUGAAGACGAAAAGAAGCAAAUUGCUCACCAAACAAAUCUAACAUUGCUACAAGUGAAUAACUGGUUUAUCAAUGCGAGAAGACGGAUUUUGCAACCAAUGCUUGAUGCCAGUAACCCAGAAACUAAUCAUAAAUCCAAAAAAUCUAAAACUCAGUCAAAUCGGCCCGUGCAGAGGUUCUGGCCUGAAAACAUUGCCUCUAUUCAACCUCAAGUUCAGAGUUCAAAUGAAUCUGAGCAUAGCCCUUCUGGUGAGAACAAUCAAGUUACAAGCCCCAGUGAUGCCCAGGCAGGCACAUCAGGUAUAAAUCAGCAGUGCAAUCAUUUUGCUGGUGGGAGCAGCACAACUCCUGAAACUGGGCAUUCAUCACCUGAUGGUAACCUCAGCCAAAACUGUUCUGAUGGCGAAGUCAACAAGGUCCCUUCCAUUGGAAGUUUGGAUGACUUGAGUAUGAGCUGCAACACAACGACCGAUGAAGAAAACGAUGAAGACGAUAAGCGAUAGCUGCAGUGUAAAAUAAUGUUUCUAGUAACAUUUCUCUUUCAUGUUUAAUACUGUGUUAAAGUGAACAUUCACUGUUUAGGUUCAUCGUUAAUGAAUGUGAUUUUGUACAUUAUCUUUGUGUGAUUAUGUCAGCACUUAAAAAGAGCUUAUUUAAAACUUCAAUAGCCAGAAUUGGUAGUUUUGUUGUAGAUCAUUGAUUUUUUUUAAUGAUGUUUUUUCUUUUGUUGAAUAUUGUGCAAAAAUGGCACAAAAUAAGAAAUGCCGAAUUUUUCCCCCUUGUUGGAUUUUUGAACUUUUUUUUAGUGUUUGUGUUUUUUUGUAUAUGUGAAAAACAUUUUUACGUUUUUUUCCCUCUUUUAAAAUUUUAAUUAAAAAAAAGAAGGAAUGUUAGUUUACUAAUGCACUUUAAUCUAAUUCUUGCAUGUUAAUAGAAUGUUUUUGUUUUUUUUUCCAUAUUGUAUUUAGUUUACAAUUUAUUUUAGACUUUCAUAAAUUUUCUUCUAAAUAUUAUUUUAUACAAUUUUUAUAAUUUCUUGUCUGUUUGAAAAUGGACACAAAUGUAAAACAAGUAUGGUGGGAAAAUGUUAACUACUUUGUAUUAAAUUAAAAGACUCCAUUCUACAUUGAGAUUUAAACUUGAAAUUAAUUUUUUGUCCUUCAAAUUUUAUAAUUUUGAUUGUACAAGAAUAGAUACAUUCUGAGUGAUUUAAUACAUUUAUUUCCAUGUUUAUGUUUUUAAUCCUAUUUCUUUUUUAUUAUAAAAGUAAAUGUAUGGAUGUGUCACAUUUUAAGAUUUUUCUUCAUUAUCGAAUCUUGAAAGUUUUCUAGUAAUUUCAUAUAUUUGUUUCAGGAACUACCAUGACAUUAAUGUAAAUAUUCAAUUACAUUUAAUCAUGCAUUUAUGAUAAUCAAACAAAAUUUUUCAUAUUCUAAAAUUAUAAUAAUGUUAUGUUAUACCAGAUACAAUUGCAAUGAAAAAAAUACUAGGAAUACGUGCAGUUUUGAAUUAUUGUAGAUUAUAAUAGUAGAAUCAGAUGAAGAAUCUCAAAAAUUGUCUUCUUUCUUACUUUUACAAAUUGAAAUCAUGGAAUGUUACAAUGUUUAAUCCCCAUAAUACUUAACUUUCAUAACAAUUUCAAUUUUUAAAUAAUUACAAAAAUGUGUUGAAUAUAUUUACUGUUUCACAUUUUAUAAUAUGCAUAGGUUAUGCUUUCAUUUUUUUACAUGUGUAUUUUCUUUUCUUUUGCAGCUAUUUUUAGGUAUUUUGUAGAUAUUUAUUAGUAGGAAUGAAAUAACAUUAGUCCAAUUUUAUAACAUUUUCAAAUUAGUAAAUUUAUGUAUGAAAUCCAAAAUCUGCUACAUGAUUUUCAGCAUUUAUUCCAUAUAAUACUUUUCAUGAUUCUAUUUUUAAAUCAGCAUGAGAAAUCUGUAAUUAAUUAAUUUGUAAUAAUCUGUAUAUUAAAUCUGUUUUAAUGUGACUUUAUAUUAAUUUAUAAUUAAAGCUGUAAUUAAUUGAACACCACUAUUAAUAUAUUUAUAAAAUUGGAAUUAUUUUGUAAUUUUAUUAUUCUAGAAGGAUUUGUUUUAAUAUUUCAGCAAAUGUAAAACAACAACAGCAAAAAAAAAAAAAAAAAAAAAACAGUUAUUUUUUUUCUCCCUCUUCUUUAUGCAAAUGGUUUUCAAUCAACAACUUAUUAUUAACCAAUUUUUAUUGCCAACAGCUACAAUAAAUGAAUACUGAAAAUUCAACAUAUCAACAAUUAAUUAAUUGUUGCAUGUAAUUAUUUUUUUCCUUCUUUUUAUUAUAUUUUAGUGUUAAGUCAUAGUUGUGGUCUACACAAAAACAAAAGCAACUCUAUCCAAUUUUUUUUUUCAUUAUGUCUGUAAUACUCAAUGCUUGAAUGUCUCUUCAAGCUCUAUUUAGAAUUUUAUCGAAUAAAAUAUUUUAAAGACUAGAAUUUGCUCAUUAUUAAGCAAUAAAAUGAACAUUUUACUCUCUAAUAAGAAUCUAUGCAAUUCAUUCAUACAGGGAAAGAAAAGAGAUUUAGAGUCUUAUUGGAAAUGUAUAUUAUUUCAUGCAUGAUGUAAGUUUUGCAUAUGCAUGAAUAUUGUAAUGAGAAAUACAAGUGUGUAUUUAUUUUUAAAAGUUAAAAAUUUUAAACUAUUAACCGAAUUAAUGAACUUAGUAAGUAUACUUUACUUACUAUGAAUUUUUAAUAGGUAAGUUUUUUGAGUGAGGCUUUUGCAUCUCUGUAAAUUUCUUCAAUUGCUACUGUCUUCUUUUUACUAUCUAGUCUUUAUAUAAAAUUCUCGCCUUUUAUUUAAAGAAAAAUCAGUAUUCGGAGAAGUAUUCUUGUUUCAAUUUUUAUGAUUAGAAUUUCUUCACUCUAGUAUUAUGAGAUGCCUCCGCAUGCAACUGUGUGAUUAUACUUAAACUUUUGUAGCUGUUUGUAUAUAAAAUCUAGUUUUAAAAUUCGAACUCUUGAUGAUUAGGAAAAUAUGCUUGAUUAUAAUCUGUAACUAACUGAUCAAAUUGAUCAAACUAUUGUUAUUGUAAAAAGUUUUAAUGAUC